AUGGUUAAGUCGGUGUCCAAAUUACAACAAAUUAUGGUACAAUUAAAAAGUGUGGUAACUUUGACUUUCUGCGAUAAUUUGACUCAACGGCGUCAGGAGUCCUUACGUUAUCGCGCCUCGAGACAAAUCUUCGCUAAUUGGCGGCAGGCGGCGCGUCGCCGCCACUCGCCUCUUUUUGACACUGAUGAUGGCUUUUUAAAAGCAAUUAAAAUACGUUUUGGAAGGAUUCAAGGAAAUGGCUUUGAUAUCUCU